UACUUUUGGACUGACGCCUACAAACUCUUGAGAAAAAUAAGGCAGUACUAUCUGUUCAGCCUUCACAAUAUCUCCAUUCCCUUGGAGUUCUCCAAACGCUUUCUAUGGGAUCGAGCUUAUUUACAAGAAUGAUGAUGAUGAUGAUGAUGAUGAUGGUGAUGAUGGUGGCGGCAAACUUUCGAUUUUGGCAUGGCUAGUCUAAUUGGGCCGGUUUUUGGACGAGCAGGAGUUUCUCUCUUCGGUGUCAUUUGGUAUGAAUAUAUAACCUCAAAGACAGGACAGAAUGAUGAACAGUAAGCGGGUGCAGUGUUUGAUGGAUCCUCUACCUCAAGGCAAGAGAGCAAGACUAGAGGGUACAGUGGGUGCUGUGGGAACUUCAGGGCUUUCCAAAGCCAACAGCCUGCCUCAGUACUCCCAGAACAAGUCUUUACCCUACAGACACACCUAUAUGUCUUGUUCUCUCAGUGGACAAGAGACUUUAGAUCUUCCCUCACCAUGGAGCCCCUCUAGGAUUUUUGUGAGAAAUGGAGGGAGCCCUGUGGUUCAUGCUUCACCCACAGAGGGGUCAAUUACAAAUCCAGUCAUUUACAGGCCUGAAAAUGUGAAUUUCCCUGAUGACAAUGGCUCUCCAACUGUAGCAGAGGAAGAGGUAGUGAAGCAGAAACUUUCCUACUGUACUAGAAGUCAGAGUAAUCACAGCCCUAAUAGUGAAGGAUUAAGGUCCCCUGUUCGUUUCAGGAAAAUCCCUAUAGGCUUCACAAACUUAUCCUCCUCAACAGCAGAAAAAUCUGGUGGCCUUGCUAUUCCAAAACCAGUGUAUGGGCAUAGUCCUUGUUGUGCUGGCCAAAAGUGCACAGUAGGUCACAGCUAUACUAUGGACCAAGGGUUGCAAAAGAUGCCCCCACAAAUGUUUGAGGAUGAACGGAUGACAUAUUAUGGUCACUGGGCAUGCAUGCAUAAAAAGGAGUCAGAAGCCUUGAUGCAGCAGAGAUUAUUGCCUUUUGAUAACUGUGGAGAGACGAUACCAUUAAAAGAUGCAACCACAGAAGAUUACCAUGGUCUUGGCCCAAGCAAACCUCAACGGGUUUCUGCUUUUUCUGAUCCACGCCAGAGCAACUAUAUGUAUGACCAAGUUCACCCGUUUGUCCGCUCUUCACCUGAUCACUGCCAACGUUUCCAGGUGCCCAGACAGGCACGUAAGGAUCUGGCUCCUAUGUAUGAGCCAGUGCCUGGGAUGCAAUAUGGAACGCACCUGCAGGUUUAUCAAGACUGUCCUCACACAUCUAAGUAUAGAGAUGUACCUCAACAUUCCUUGCUUUAUUGUUCAAAGAAUAACAUUGAUGUUUACAGAUCUGAGACUUUUCAGCAAUUACCUGGGCAGCGCCCUUUUCUUCAACCUUUCUUUAGGGAUUUCAAGAAUCCCUACACAGUGGUCCCACCUGGCCACCCAGUUGUCAGGACCAUACCUGCUUAUCCUGCUUAUAGUACACACUUAAAUACUAGACACAUGAACCCAUUCAAUAAGAGACCAUUUUGUCCUCCUGUCAUGCAGCAGGUAGAACAACCCCUGGACUUUUCCAUGCGGCGAGAGCAGAAUGAAGACUCCAACCAGGAACAACCUCCUCAAAGACAGCUUGGAAUUAAAGGGACUUUCCAUCAAACUGAGCCCCAAACCCACUAUAUGGUUUCAGACGAAUUGCAUCUUGAAAAUUCAUCCUCAGACAGCGCAUGCCAGGGACAAGAUCGUUGUAUUUUUAAUAGUCACAAUUAUACAGCCUCUCCCACAUUCACUGGUGAUGUAUUCAGUAAAAAGCAGAGUUUAUGUUUUUCAGACAAACCAGGUAAUGGUGCUGUCCUAUCUAAAAAGCACAGGGUGGAAACUGACAAAAGCUAUGAAAAUUAUCCUUUGGUUAAACUUCAAACGAUACACCAACUGAAAGCUAAUGAGACUAAGCACCCGCCUUCCCCUCCAAUGCCAGUAAUUAACAAAGUCUUUAGUCUGGCCCCUUACAAAGCAUACUUAGAAUCUAAAGGUGUAUUGUUGCCUGCACAAGAUCCCAGUUGUCCAACGCUGUCACCUGACUCAAAGCCACCAAAAGUCGAUCCAGAAGCACAAAACACGGAUCCAAAAAUAAAUGUAGCCAAAGGUGUCUUUAAAUUGAAAGUCAAAACUGAGAAAAUAAAGCCUGAUGAAAAGGCAUGCCAGUCAGAAAAAGAGAGCCACAGUCCUGUGAUUAGACAAAACAACCAUAAUGUAAAUGUUAAAGAGGAACAGGACAAGUUAGAAUCAACAGAAGGUGACACCGAACACAACCUAGUUAUAAAGAGUGGCUUUUAUUCCGGUUCAAAGUCAGUCACAGUUGAGAUGCCAGAACGACCCCUUGAAUGCACUAUUGCGUGUAGUACGGUUGAUGGAGCUGCCCUGCCAAAUCAAAACGGUGACAAAAAACGAUCUGAUUUUCCAGCCCCUUUGUCUUCCAAACCCCUAAUUCCAACUCGGACGAAUCAGGCUACAUUUUCCCUCAAUAAAAUCCCCCCUCAUUGCCUUAAACUGACUAGCUUUAAAAUAAUUUUGCCUGAUGUCUUUAAAAGUCCUACGUCUCCAGUCCCUGAGGCUCUUCAGACUCCUGUUGAGAAUAAAGUAGCCAUAAGCAGUAGACAGGCCCGGUAUCAGUUCAUGGAACUUCACCAGUCACUCUGCAGGCUUGUAUCAGGCUGCAUUUCUCAAACCUCACAUUGUGAGCUCAGGAACUGGUUAACCAGGUUGGACCUGGAUGAGUCUGCUUCUUCUCCAGCUAAAACCCAAAAAGUCUCAUGCCUCCUUGGCUCCAAGGCUAGGGAUGUCUGGAUGAAAGAUGAAGAGACAGCGAGGGCACUCCAGAGAGUUCUUUACCAGCUUGAGAACUAUGUCAAAAUUCAAGAAUGCCCCUUUCCUCAUGUCAUCAGAGCAGGGGCUGUGUUCAUCCCCAUGCUGAUGGUGAAAGAGUUGCUAUUUCCUCAGGUCCAGGGCAGAUUUAUAGACCAGGUUCUACAAGAGCAUCGAGUUGAGUUGCGGCCAACUACACUGUCAGAGGAGAGACAGCUGACUCAGCUCCACAAGCGGGCUUUUUCUUCUAAACUAAGGAGGCUCCUAUCCCUCAAACACCUGCCAGAUAUCUAUCCAGAUGUCCUCAACCUUCUCUACUAUGAAGGUGUCUGCAAAGUCCUUGAUUCUACUCCUACAGAUGAUGCACAAAAGGAAUAGAAGUGAACUCCACUUUUAAAAAAGAAUGUGUGCAAUGCUCUGUUGAAGCUGAUAGUUCUUUUAACGGGUUUGAGGUGCACUGCAUAUCACCAAGGCAACACACGCCAGAUACUGCCACAUGCCUGGAGAGCCUGACGCGAACAUCUUGCCAGAAAAGUCUUCAGAGCAAAGGGAGGGUUAAAGGUGCCAGCAAGAGAAGGUUUUUAGGUGACAACACUUCCUCAGAAGAGGAUGGGCUUGCUGAGGAAUCUGAAAGCUGGACAUUCACCAACUGUUUGGAGGUAGAAACAUGGGAGAACAUACACCCAGCCUGCACCGAUGUAGAGGCUCACAUUGAAGUGAAGAUCGAGUCAGAGGCUGAGCAAGAGCCUGAGAAUUCCUGGGGGCGCCCCUUGACCUCUGAUGACCUCUCUUCAGAGAGCAAUGAUGUGGAUACAGAGAUGACCUCGUUGUCAUCGUAUGCAAGACGUGCGCCCAGUAGCACUAGGAAGCGCUCGGACAUGGUUCUAAAACUCAGGAAAGUUUAUUACACCAAAGGCCGGCGAGGCCAGGUGUCCCACUACCAGAGAGUCCCGGACCAGUCUGAGGUUCAAAGAGGGAGACACAGACGCUGUCACAGAAAAAAGAAACGUAGAAGUUCCGAGUCUAGGACACAACACGGAGUGAGGGAGUUCUCCUCAAGAUCACAGCACUGCCCCUAUCUCUCUACUCCGUGUCCUUCAGAGCAUAGGAGGAGAUGGGUACUACGCUCAGCCGCACGGAACACCCACCAGACCAUGAGGAACAGCUACCCGGAUCUAGUGGGCAAAAGGAUCCGCCAUCUGUAUGAAGAAAAUGAUAAGACAGAGGUGUGGUACAAGGGUGUAGUCCUGCGUAUCCACGAGUCCCAUCCCAACCCACUGAAGACUGUGUUUGAGGUUAAGUAUGACAGUGAGCCAGAGUGGCAGUACUACCUGGAGCUGCUAGUGGACUAUAAGAAAGGGUGGCUUCAAAUUGAGGACUGAAGUGUUUUUUUUGUUUUGUUUUGUUUUUUAAACUGCAAACUUUUGCUUCUUUGUAUUUUAAAAUGUGAAUAUAUUUAGCAUGCUUUUUAACUCUGACGAUCACUUUUUACAAUAGAUUAAUAUAUUUAUAAAGAGUGGGGUCUGUUUUUAAAGUUUUAACAGCUGCUGAACCAGUUUUGGUCAGGUGCAUGUUUGAGAUGUUCCAAACCCAAACAUUUCAGGUGCUCUUCAUUCCAAGACUGUGAUCAUUUACCAAAGGACUCUCAUGUUUACCUUUUUUUUUUUUUUUUUCCCCACCAUCUUACCGUGCUUUAAAUCAGCCAUAGCUAGUGACAGUCUAAACUGCCUUUCCAUUUUCCAUCAUACCUGCUGUUUGUUUAUAUUUGGGGAAAUGAGAGAUUAAAGCCAUGUUAUAAAAUGGUAGAACUGUUUUUAGACCCAACUUUGCAUUUCAAUAAUGCUGGGGGAUGUUUUUUUUUUUUCUUUCUUUCUUUCUUUCUCCCUCCCACAUUAUGCUUUGGGGUUACUCUGCCAUGAAAUUGCUGCUGAGGAAAAUCUGUUUUGAUUUGACUUCUGUUUACAUUAUAUUUUUGUUAAAUAUCCAGGUGUAGCUCAAACUUGAAUUAGAAAUGUGUCUUCCUUGAGGUUGAAUUCCUGCUUCUGUUUUAAUUCAAGCUCCUUCAUUGCAUUUGCUGAUGUAGUAAAUAUUGUCACAGCUCCCUCUUAUGGUUAAAAUAAGAUCAGAGGUUUAUGCUGUUAUCCACAGAUUUCACGAGUUUAAAGAAAACCCAAAUGCACUGUUUUGAAACUAGAACACAGGAAAAAAAGAACUGACACCAAAAUAAAAAAAAAAUCUUGCAACAUUU